AUGGAAAAGACGUGCGCUUACAUCCCGAAGAAUGGCUGGGGCCUCGACUCCGCUCCGCACAAGCUGUUUGACAUCUCUGGGCUCGACCUUCGCCCCCGCGACGUCGUCUCCCUUGUGACGAAGACGCCAAACGGAGAAUACGCCUUCCCCAACAUUGAAGACACGUACAGCAGCGCUUCCAGCGGGGGCAGCCCCAUCAAGCCCUUCAACGUUUCUUCGCCGCUCAAAAGCCUCAACACGUCUUCUCUCGACAUGUCGACGAACCAGAGCCCGCACAAGAACGGAUCGGUCGGCUCCCCGCGCAAGACGCUUUUUGGCCCGCCGCUGCCAACCAUUUACAACCAACGUCUCCCGUCGACACCCACGUCGCCGAUUAUGGAAGCGCCGCGUGAUAUUUUUUCAAGGAAAGUGUUCGUGGGCGGUCUUCCGAUUGAUGUCCGGGAUGCCGACAUAUACAAUCGCUUCUCCUCGUUUGGAAAGCUCGUCGUUGAUUGGCCUCGACAGCCGGCGAUGAAGGAUCAGCUGCCAUCGCGUGCCACUACUGGAUACGUUUUCAUCGUCUACGAAAAGGAGAUUAGCGUGCAGUAUCUGAUGGCCAACUGCAUUGCUGAGCGAAACAAGUUUUACAUCACGGUGUCUUCGCCUACGAUGCCGAACAAGCCGGUGCAAGUCCGCCCAUGGAUGCUUUCCGACAUGGACUACGUCUACAGUGAUGAUGCGCCGGCUUACCAUUCUCGCACUGUGUUCAUCGGCGGGGUCCCGCGCCCUUCGCGCGCUGCUGAAAUCGCUGGCGCAAUGCAAAGGGCAUACGGCCACGUGACGUACGUCGGCAUUGACAUCGAUCCGGAAUUGGAGUACCCGAAAGGAGCUGCCCGGAUUACGUUCGCCACCAAUCAGGCCUACAUCGCUGCACUCCGAGGCAAAUAUGUCAUGAUUCCUCACGGGGAUAUCCAAAAACGCGUUGACAUCAAGCCGUACCUCAUGGAAGAGCAAAUCUGUGAUGAAUGCGAGGGGACGCUCUGCGAAGGCCGCUACGCUUCUUACUUCUGUGGUGAUGCGGACUGCCUUCAAUACUACUGUGAGAUGUGCUGGGAUGUGAUGCACACGCCCGAGAACGACUCGGAGAACCACAAAGCCCUCGUCCGUAUCGGCGAGCAGACUAUGCAACUGCAAGUUCCGACUCAUCACGAAAACCGCAACGGACACGGGCAUGGACAUGGGCACGGAAUGAGUUCGUACAAGAAGCACGGCAACCGUGGCCUCGAUCGCACCUACAACUAUGGUCGUCACAAUGGUCAUUACGGUUCGCGCGCUCAUCGCUACCCCUACCCUGAUGCC